AUGGAAGGCUUUCACCACCUUGGAGAUCCUUAUUAUCCCAACCAAGGAAAUGGAGGUUGGAUUGAAGAAGACCCAGAAGAAGACCCCAAGGAACCUAUGGAGGAUCCCGAUGAACUAGCAGAGUGGGAAGAGGAAGAUAUCGAUGAAGAAAUCGAGGAAGUCGACGGGGAGGAGGUUGAGGAGGACGAGGAAUCAGAUGCUGAGUCAGGAAUUACCAGCCCUCCCUACAUGGCAAGAGUACCACCGUAUAGGAUGGGCUACAAUGGCCCCACCCCUCCUUGGGCUGAUGCUAUUGAGAGAUGGGGCCGACGCCAGGGUCGACAGCCACCAUUUGGGAUGAACCGAGAUUACUACAAUCUUCGGCAUAGAGGACCAGAGGAUCGUGCACUCCCCAUCAUGGAGGAGAAAAACAUCAAUGAUAUUCCUGAGGUACGUGACUUUCCCGAUGUAUUUCCUGAGGAAUUUCCUAGAAUACCUCCCGAGCGCCAGGUCGAGUUCCGAAUCGAUCUUGUACCUGGAGCCACCCCAACUGCCAAAUCCCCCUACCGAUUAGCGCUUGCUGAGAUGCAAGAGUUAUCUAGUCAAUUAAGCGAGCUUCUCGACAAAGGGUUCAUCAGGCCGAGUUUCUCACCUUGGAGAGCUCUGGUUCUAUUUGUCAAGAAGAAAGAAGGGUCUUUCCGAAUGUGCAUAGAUUAUUGA